CAAACAACAGUCUUUAGGUAUUGGUUUUGAUCGGUGCAUCAUCUCUAAUCCGUGGACAGUUUCUGUUCUGAGAAGUUGACGAAUUGUGCUGCAGUUAAGGACAACCAUGAAAAUCACUAUCGCCUUACUGGCCAUCAUUGGCCUGGUAGCAGUCAGUGCCUACCCACACAAAAAGGAAACCAAAUAUGCCGAUAAGGACUUUUUGGCUAAACAAAAAUUCCUCUUCGAAAUUGUUUAUCGUGUUGAGGAUCCUUUGAUGUUCGAGGAAUACAUCAAAUUGGGCAAGACUUUCGUUUUCAACGAGGAAGAUUAUAUGUUCCCAGAAAAUCACAGCGAAUAUAUGAAGAAAUUCUACAAUGCCUACAAAUACGGUGUAACUUUGCCCAAGGGUGAAUACUUCGGCUCUUUGGCUUAUACCCACUUCGAGCAAAUGUAUGGCUUGUUUGAAUUCUUCUACUAUGCCAAGAAUUGGGAAAUCUUCCAACGCAAUGUCUGCUGGGCCCGUAUGAACUUCAACGAAGGCAUGUUUGUUCAAGCUUUGACUUUGGCUGUUAUCCACCGUGACGACUUCGGUGGCUUGAUGUUGCCCGCCAUCUAUGAAAUCUUCCCUCAAUACUUCUUCAACAGCAAAUUCGUCUACGAAGCUGAGAAAUUCGAUUUCGAUGUUUGGAGCAAAUACAUCAUGUACGAAAAGGAAUACAAGGACUUCAUGUACAAAGACUAUUCCGUAUACUUCAAGGAAUUCAAGAACUACGAAUACUUCUACACCAAGGACUUCAAGAUGUGGCAAUGGUGGAAACUCAUGGGUAUGGGUGAACACUGGUACUCCGAAGAUCAUUUCAUGAUGCGCGACAACAUGUACAUGUUCAACAAGGACUCCAAAUACUUGGACAUGAUCAAGGACGUUAAGAUGUUCUACAUGCCUGUUGACUACACCCGUGAUGUUUACUUCUUCAACAAGGAAUCUGAAUUGUCUUACUUCACCGAAGAUUUGGAAUGGAAUUCAUUCUGGUACUACUUCAACAUGGAGUACUUCCCCUACUUGGAUGGCAAACAAUUCGGUUUGGAGAAGGAUCGUCGUGGUGAAUACUACUUCUAUGUUAUCCGUCAAAUGCUAGCUCGUUACUACAUGGAACGUUUGUCUCAUGGUUUUGGUGAAAUUCCUGAGUUCUCCUUUUUCACUGAAGUCGAAUACGGCUAUGAUCCUCAAUUGAUCAACUACAAUGGUGUUGGUUACUCUUACCGCAAGAACUAUUACGAAUAUGAGACCUAUGGUAACUUCGAUUACAUGUAUUACAUUAUCAACUUCUUCACUCGUGUCGAAGAAAUCAUUACCCAAGGUUAUUUCAAGACCUACGAUGGCAAGAUGAUUGAUAUGCGCAAACCCGAAUCCAUUGAAUAUCUCGGUAAUAUGUUGCAAGGCAACAUUGACAACUACGACAAAUAUUUCGCCACCUUCUGGUACAUGUAUGCCCAUAUGUACUUUGCCCACAUUGAUGACAGUGAGUUCGAAGUUUACCCCAAUGUUUUCUUGAACUACGAAACCAUGAUGCGUGAUCCUAUGUUCUACAUGAUCUACAAGAAGAUCACCGAUGUCUUCUUCGAAUUCUACGAAUACAUUGAACCCUACACCCAGAAGGACUUGUACUUCCCCGGUGUUGAAAUUGAAGAUGUUAAGGUCAGCGAAUUGGUCACCUACUUCGACUUGUUCGAUUUCGAUGUUACCAACUUGUUGAACGACAAGAUGACCUUCGUUGAUGGUCAAUUUGUAUGGGACAAGAUGUUGAUGGGUCGUCAAAUGCGUCUCAACCACAAAGAUUUCGAUUUCGAAUACACCAUCAAAUCCGAUAAGGAUCAAAAGGUCGUUGUCCGCGCUUUCUUGGGUCCUAAAUUCGACGAAUACGGUCGUGUAUUGUCUUUGAGUGAGAACCGUGAAAACUUCAUUGAAAUCGAUGAAUUCUUCUAUGAAUUGAAAUCUGGUGUUAACACCUUCAAGCGCAGCUCCAAGGACUUUUACUGGACCACUGAUGAUCGCACCACAUACACUGAAUUGUACAAAUUCAUUAUGAUGGCUUAUGAGGGCAAAUACGAAUAUCCUUUGGACUACUCUGAAGCUCAAUGUGGUUUCCCAGAUCGUUUGAUCUUGCCUCGUGGCUGGGAAAAGGGUAUGCCCAUGCAAUUCUUCUUCUUUGUCUAUCCCUACACUGCUUCGUACGAACCUUACUCCUACAACUCCAACUACUACUGCGGUGUUGGCUCUGGUCUUCGCCACAUUGAUGAAAAGCCUUUCGGCUAUCCAUUCGAUCGUAAAAUCGAUGAAUUUGAAUUCUUUGUACCCAACAUGUACUUCAAGGAUGUCAAGAUCUACUAUGAAGAUACCUUCGAAAAGUACUAUGGUUUCAAGUACGACAAAUUCGGAACUUUUGAUUAUAGCUAUUAUUAUAAUAAUUAAGUUGUUGUAUGAGGUAGGGAUGUGUGGUAAAACAUUGUAAAAAAUAAUGCAUUAAACAAAAAAUAAAAUAAAAAAAAUUAAAAAAAAAAUAAAUAAAAA